ACGGGUCAUGAGACUGACCGACAAGAUAGUCCCAGUUCUGAUCUGCCAGUCCAAAUAUUAUAAUAAUAAUAAUAAGAAGAAGAAGAAGAACAAUAAUAAUAAUAAUGAAAGCAGCACUCGCCAUCAUCCAUUCUUCGAUUCAACCAUGCACGCGCCUCUCACACAUACAUUGCUUAGGCUAUUUGAGAAAAGAAAGGGUCUCGUGCUUCAGUCGGUUCUUCACAAAGGCAACACUUACAACACCCCCCCCCCCCCCCAUAAAAAGAAAAAAAGAAAAAGAAAUAAUGUAAUAAUGUUCAUCAAAAGCUAUUUCCCAUGCAUGAGUAAAAUAAUAAAAAAAGAGGGGGAAAGCAGCAUUGUCGAUUUAAUCUAGCACAUUUACACAUACAAAGCAAAUAACUGAAGCCAUAAUAAUUAGCCUACUAUAACUGAUUAUUUAAAAAAAAUAAAGCUAUUUUAAAUAAUAAACUCUCUUAAGGGUAAUAUGUCAUCGAUUCCGCUGUGGUUACAUCGAAUGAAUCUACUGAAAAAUGUGUGCACACGUUUGAUUGUUUCAUCAUGAAAUCCGUAAACACCACAGUAUUAAAAAUGCCUAAAAACAGUAAUAAUGAAAAUGUAUCAUAAGACAUGUGAGGCAUGCAGAACGCAUCGAAAACACCCCGUUUCCAAAUGAAAUUCCUCAUCGGAGCUCCCUAAAUUCAUUACAAGCUUGUUCUAGACACAAACGAAAAUCCAUUUUUUAUUCCGUUGAAAAAUGUCGAAAUUAGCUUCAUAAUAUUUCAAAGCAAACUUACAUUUCCGUUGAAAAUCCAUAAAUUUUUGUAAAACGACUUAGCCGGUGUGAAUAAAAAAAAUAAAAUAAAAUAACACGACGAAACCGAGCAGAAGACCUUGUGAAAAUACAAACGGGUCAAAAAGGAAAAUGUCCACAAAAAGCGUAGAAAAUGUUGAAAGAAGCACUUGGUUCCUUAUUAAGGCGAAGAUACAAUAUUUAUUCCUUGUCUCCUGGGAUGCUCCGCUCCGUCUAUUGUCCUCCCAUUCCUCAGUGCUGAUGCUUAAUUUUCAAAACUUCUAUAUUACCAAGGGACCUACGACAUCAGCCGAGAAAUACCCUGCAAGUACAAAAUCCGUGAGCCAGCCCCGUCCGUGCAGAGGGGAGACGCUCGCGUUCCGCCAGCUUUCUGCCGUUACCGAGAGCGCGCGAGGGGGGACUUUUCCAUUUCUCUCGCUUUUUGAGGAUUUUAACUCAUUUUUAUUAUUAUUCGAUCGGGCCAGAGAGCGGAGGAAAAAAAAAAAAACACACACACGGGUUAAUUUGGAGAAAGCACAAUGUCAGCGACCUUCCCCGGACUUGUCCACGACGCAGAGAUACGUCACGACGGAUCAAACAGCUACCGGCUCAUGCAGCUCGGGUGCCUGGAGUCCGUGGCCAACUCCUCGGUCGCCUAUUCCUCCUCCUCCCCGCUCACCUACCCGGCGCCGGCGGGGACGGAGUUCGCCUCGCCUUAUUUCUCGGCCAACCACCAGUACACGCCCCUCCACCACCAGUCCUUCCACUACGAGUUCCAGCACUCCCACCCGGCCGUGGCCCCGGAGGCUUACGGGCUGAACUCGCUGCACUCGGGCCAGUACUACCAGCAGAUCCACCACGGAGAGCCCGCCGACUUCAUCAACCUGCACAACGCGCGCUCGGCCCUCAAGUCCUCCUGCCUGGACGAGCAGCAGCGGCGCGAGCUGGGCUGCCUCGACGCUUACCGGCGCCAUGACCUGUCGCUGAUGACGUCACAUGGCUCACAGGCCUACGGCGUCGGUAUGCACCACCCGGACCAGAGGCUGCUGCCCGGCGCCGGCCUGGGUCUCCCUUCGUCCGCGUCAGACGACCUGCAGGGCUCCGUGGAAGCGCAGUGUGGGCUCGUGCUGAACGGCCAAGGGGGCGUCAUCCGGAGAGGGGGGACAUGUGUGGUGAAUCCUACAGAUUUGUUCUGCUCGGUACCGGGCCGCCUGUCGCUGCUCAGCUCCACCUCCAAGUACAAAGUCACCAUUGCCGAGGUGAAAAGAAGACUGUCUCCACCAGAGUGCCUCAACGCCUCCCUACUGGGCGGCAUACUGCGCAGAGCAAAGUCUAAGAACGGAGGCCGGUGUCUUCGUGAGAAAUUAGACCGUCUAGGCCUCAACCUGCCGGCAGGACGGAGGAAAGCUGCCAACGUCACACUGCUCACCUCCCUGGUGGAAGGUGAGGCGCUCCACCUGGCAAGGGACUUUGGCUACACCUGCGAGACAGAGUUUCCCAGUAAGGCAGUGGGGGAACAUUUGGCAAGGCAGCACAGUGAGCCGAAAGAAACCAGCGCACGCAAGAAAAUGGUUCUGGCUACAAAGCAAAUCUGUAAGGAGUUCCAGGACUUAUUGAGCCAAGAUCGUUCUCCUCUGGGCUCCUCCAGACCGACCCCAAUCCUGGACCUGGACAUCCAGAGACACCUCACACACUUCAGUCUGAUCACUCAUGGGUUCGGCACGCCGGCGGUCUGCGCAGCUCUCAGCACCUUCCAGACAGUCCUGAGCGAGAUGCUCAACUACCUGGACAAAAACUCGAGCGGGAAAACGAGCGGACCCACCGACCAACAGAUCAACAACAGCUCAGAAAAGACGCAGCUCCGGAAAACAGGCGAGCCCCAGAGCAAAGAUGGGAAAACAGAAAAGACUGAGUAGCCCCCACCCACCCGGUCCCCGUGCCUUGGAGCGCUGCAUUUAGGAGUGUGUGUGUGUGUGUGUGUGUGUGUGCACUCUCAGAAAGGAUUUGUUAAUUCCCAUGCAUUACUGUGUCUUCUUUGGGACAAUUCAUAUUUAUUGUCAUUUAUUUAUCUUACGCUGAAAUGUAACAUUAACCUGAACUGUCCCAAACAAGACAUCCUGAUGUGUGUGUUGAAAUAACACAUCCUGUUUAGGUGUGUGUGUGUGUGUGUGUCUUUCAUGACAAGGAGGAGCCUCGCCAUGGAGACGGCUGAGGCAUCGACUUAUUUGUUUAUUUAUUAAUUCUGAAAACAGGAAGUAAACAUGGACAUGCUGGCAUCACAGUUUUCCAGGACAGGGGUGGUAACUGCCAACACAACAUAACACACAUCACACACUCACACACACAUUAAGGGUUUUGGGCAAUUUGAUCUCAAUCCAGCUGAUUGAGAUGUGAAUUUUCUGCAACAAUACAAAAACUGAAACACUUUUUUGAACUCUGAAGGUUCUAUUUGUAUUAAAUUACUAAGAGAAAUCGCUGUCAUUGCCAACCAAACUUCUAGUUUUGCUUUCAAAUUCGCAGACGACUGAAUUGAAAUUUUACUUUCAAACCAUUUUAAACAGAUUGAAUUGAAAAAAUAUGACCCUGACCCAAACUCUCAAACAUGCACACAGUCAAAAACACAGUCUGUUUUAAACCCCUCCUCCGUACCUGUGAGAGCACUUGAACCCCACCAAGCAGACUUAUUUUUAUUUUUACGCCAUACAAUCAGUGCCAUAGCAACCAGUGUGUUUACCAUGUGGGGCGAAAGAGAGACUGUCUCUGGAUGUGAGACUAACGCCACUGCCUAUGGUAGGCUACACUGUGGUGUGUCUGUGAAUGUGUGUGUGUGUGUGUGAGAAUGUGUCUUAGUGUGUGGGAGAGAUAAAGAGAGUGGAAGAGAGAGAGAGAGAAAGGUCCAACUCAGCCAUUUUGUAAAAGGUGACUUUGUGGUUGCCGUCGUUACUCUUCCCUGUGCAUGUCUAUCUUUGUACACUCCCCAGAUCGCAAGUUUAGCCGACACAAGCUCUCUGACUCGCUCAUGAACAUUUGUAAAGAUAUAUAUAAAUAUUUAAAUUACUUUUCUUGUAGGCUUUCAACUAUAUAUAUGUUAAAUCCCUACCUUCUAAAAUGCUGGUGUUCAAUAAAGACAGUUGCUAUGUGUUCUACUA